AUGGCAGUCGCCAUUAACGAACAUUCCGUGAACGYUCCACUCGUCAGCUGCGAUCACGUUUCUUCGCUCCGCCUCUUCCGGUCCUUUCCAUCCGCGUGCYCUAGGUUAGCCUGUGUCCACGUCGAGGGUCUCCAACAGGGAAGAGAAAUGCCGUCAAAAAUCAUYUUUGAAACUGAAGAAGAAACCACCGAGAAAGAUAUGGACACCGUCGCGGAAGCUGAAACCUUCAAGAGUUCCCAGUCCCUCCAUGGGGAUAUUCCACAGAAACAGAGAGAGACGACUCUGAAAGGUUUCAGGAAUGGUGUCUUUGAGGUCCUUGUUGCCACAAACGUCGCCGCCCGUGGAUUAGACAUYCCAGAGGUCGACUUGGUGGUCCAGUGUUCUCCGCCGAAGGAUGUCGAGUCCUACAUCCAUCGUUCAGGGCGAACAGGACGAGCAGGCAGGACUGGCGUCUGCAUCUGCUUCUACCAGAGGAAGGAAGAGGACCAGUUGCGCUACGUAGAGAACAAAGCCGGAAUCACUUUCAGGCGAGUCGGUGUUCCAACUGCCAAUGACAUCAUCAAAUCAUCCAGCAAAGACGCCACCAGGUUUUUGGACUCUGUUCCAGCCACAGCUGUUGAAUAUUUCAGGGAAUCKGCAGAGAAGCUGAUCAAAGAGAAGGGAGCGGUGGAUGCACUCGCUGCUGCUCUGGCUCACAUUUCCGGAGCCACGAGUCUGGAGCAGAGAUCUUUGCUCAACUCUGACGCUGGCUACACCACGAUGCAGCUGCAGUGCUCCCAGGAGAURCAUAAUCUGGGUUAUGCCUGGAGAACCAUUAAAGAGCAGCUGGGAGAGGACUUUGAAAACCACAUUCACAGAAUGACCUUCCUCAAAGGCAAAACGGGAGUUUGUUUCGAUGUCCCAGCCAAUAAAGUCAAAGAGAUUCAGGAUAAUUGGAAAGACGGUCGCCGCUGGCAGCUGACUGUAGCCACAGAGCUCCCGGAGUUAGAGGAGAAGCAGUUCCCCAACCGUGGAGAUAGAGGCGGGUUUAGAGGCGGGAGGGGGCGCGGCUUCGGUGGAAACGGAGGACGUAACGGCGGCUUCCGGAGCGGCGGAGGYGGAGGCUMCAACAACCGAGGAGGACACAAACGGACCUUCAACCAUGCGUUUGAUUACUGAACCAUCAACUGAUUGAUGUUGUCAGCUUUGCUGUUGGUGGACUUUAUUAGCCAUCAUUAAGAGACCGACAGAGCCGGUGAAUAUAUUUCUGAUGUAAAAUAUUAGAUUCACAUGCCACAUAAGCAUGAAUUACUCCCCUUUGUUCAAAAGUAAUACAAAAGUUGAAUUUAUCAUCUAAAAUAAUGAAUUCUUAGAAAAAAAUACAGAUGGUCCUUUAUGGCUUCAUAUAAAACCAAUAUUGCUAUUUGGAAGAGUUGAGCAAAAGCACAGCUCAAACACCAUUAGCAACGGAUGUGUUGGUUUUCCAAUAUUUCGAUUUAUAAACAAAGUAUUUAAAAAURGUUUCCUGUCCUGGAGCGUCACUCUUACUGGAAGUGUCGCCGUCUUAUCCUGGAUCUUUGGGGAACAGCAGGAGCAGUAAUCAGUCUUUGACCUCCGUCUAUGUAGAGAUGACUCGGCCAUCAGUAGGUAAACAUGUUGCAUAAYGUUUUUAUAACAUAUUUACCGUCGGAUUGCUGCAUUACAAUCGGCUGAAACCUCRAAUACAUCUGUUGAAUGAUUGCUUUGCAAUUGCCUCUGUUUAAUACCUGUUCUGCUUCCAUUCAUUUGAAUGAAUUAAAAAAAGGUCAACUUGG